GCCACCUGAGAGAGAAACUUGCUGUCUUUCCAACGCAAACUUCUGAUUUGGGAGACAGUCUUCAGCUCCACAUGCAAAAGAAUAGGUCCACCUCCUCUAUCUGUCUGACAAGAAAGGUAAUAAAGAGUUACAGAAAAGACUGAAGAUCUGCCUCAGAAAGGCAGAACCUGCUCUUAAAAGAAGGGGAGAGGACUGGACUGAAACAACAGAAAUUUAAAGCCAAGAAGAAGGAAAGUGGGGUUUAUCUCUGCUCCCCAAACUUGGAGAAGAGAAGAGCAAUAAAAGGAGAGAAGAGAGGAGGGUGUCAUGGGUCAAGGUUUAUCCAGGAACAGCAGCAAUCCUCCUCCGCAGGUGAUUCUGGUGGGUCUGGACUCAUCUGGGAAGUCGACCCUGCUGGCCCGACUGCUGACAGGACAGGUGAUGGACACAUCGCCCACAGUGGGGUUCAAUGUAGGAACCCUGGAACUGAACAAGAACACUGCCCUGACAGUCUGGGAUGUGGGAGGCCAAAAAAGCAUGAGACCCAACUGGAGGUACUACCUGGAGGGCUGUAGGGCUCUAGUGUUUAUGGUGGACAGCAGUGAUGCUGUCCGGAUGCCAGAGGCCCAGAAGGCUCUGAAGAAGAUUCUGAGUGAUGAGAACUUGAAGGGCAUUCCUCUCAUGGUUCUGGCCAACAAGAAGGACCUGCCCAACUCCAUGACCAUACGAGAGAGCGCUGAUCAGACGUGGUCCAGACAGAACAGCACCAGAACAAACCUUCAUGAAGAACCUCACCCCGCCUCCGGCCUGCUGGUCCACACAGAGCGCUGA